GGCUGGGAUGAUGUAAGUUUUCAUGGCUCACCGCAGAUCCCAACUCCAAAUCUGGAUGGUUUAGCAAACAAUGGAAUCAUUCUCAAUAACUAUUAUGUGCAGCACAUUUGUACACCAACCCGCAGUGCCAUCAUGACUGGUCGAUACCCCAUCCAUACAGGUAGUAUCGAUGUUCAGGGGAACCUCUAUAUAACGAAGGGCCAAGGAAGUGGCAAAAUAUAUUUGCUGCAUGUAUAACAAUUAAGGUUUCAUGUUUUUGUUACUGUAUUACUGGGGUAAAGAAAACCUUUCACUAUAUCGAGGACUGUUAUAUCCAGGCUCCACUGUGGUCAAAAGCAGGUCUUAGUUGUUCAAAAACAAAUCAUGUUAAAAUUAAAGUUAAAAGUGCUUAAAAUGUUAAAAUUAACCCAUGAUUAGGGUAAUGGGUAGUUACAUUUUUUAACUUGAGGGGUUUAUUAACUUGAGGGUGAAAUUACACUGUUUUAAUGAAGUUUAGUUUAAGGUCUGGCUUGUUUACCGUGACUAUAGCUCAUAGUUAGCAUCCCAUAAUACUCAAGAUAGUUGUGAUCACUAAAUUGAACCUCUGAAUGAGGAUUAACAUUAUUAAACUUAAACCUUCCAUGAAAGUUAUCCUGGGCUCACACGGUUGUUUAUUCAACCAUAGGUAAAUUAUUAAGCUGCUUUCAAACAACCAAAGUCAGGGAGCUGUUAGAUCUAUGUUAACUUUGAAAUGGCUCAUAGCAGUAAGUUAACUUGGUCACAGCUCCUGGAUAUUUAGGAUUAAGACUACUAUGUCUUCUUUGGGACAAAGUAGAAUGCUUGCCCUUUACUUCAAUUGUUGAACUAUUUUACAAUUAUUGGAAAACUCUACUUGUGGGAGUGUAGGAGCAAACAAAUCCUUCCAAACAUUUAUGGAUUUAGGACGAAGAUCAUCGCUAAAUAUGAAACAGAAAAAAAAUCAGCAGCCAAGAAUAUUCUUCAAAAGAAAGAGGAUACUGACGCGUUAUUUAAGUUAACUGUCUUAACUCAGUAUUAUUUCAUUGCCACCUUUUGUCCUUUUUUCUAAUUUCCUUUAGCCCUGUAAUAAUUUAACAAUUAAUUUUGCUUUACUCUGUUGAUGUCCAUUGUUAAAAUGCUUUUUUGUAGUGUUGUAAAUGUAAUUAUCUAAUGUGAUUAUCAAUAAAUAUACUUUUUUUAAAAAUCAGAAAAUUAAUUGUUGAUGUAUGUUUGUAUUAAGCAUGAAAUGUACAUGUUAAUAAAGGUGUUUGUCUCACUGAAAUUGUUAACAGCAGUAGCCUUUAGUACCACUAAUUUAACAUCGUUCUCAGUCCUUUUACUCUUGAUUGUUCUAAGCCAUAACUCAGUAUGACCAGAUUUUAUUCUUUGUGUUGAUAUAACUAUUCUAGGUAUGCAGCACAGUGUUAUUCUAGCUGCUCAACCCUAUGGACUUGGUUUAGAUGAGACUCUUUUGCCGCAGCAUCUUCAAAAGCUGGGAUAUGCCACACAUGCAGUUGGAAAGGUAUCUGGAGUUAAACCAUAUUUGUUCAAUUAAGGGCUGGAAUAUUUAUUAAAUUUUUAGUGUUUUCAAGGCAGAGGGCAGCAUUUGUUUCAAAAUCACAUUAUUUUCUUAAAUCACUGUAUUUUUUUUUUUCAGUGGCACCUUGGAUUCUUUCAAACUGACUACACUCCAACAAAGAGAGGAUUUGACUCUUUCUUUGGGUAUUAUUGCGGAAAAGAGGAUUACUGGGAUCACUCAAACAGGGAAGUAGAUGGAUGGGGACUGGACCUCCGUAAUGGCACAGAGGUGAGUAAGAACAGUGGACCAUGGUAGAACAAUAGCAGAAAGCAUACUCAUUGAUACAAUGCAUUUCGAGGACUCUUUUGAAUAAAUUGUGUUGAUUUAUUCGUUCGGGAUGGGCUAGGACCUUGUCCAGAUCAUCAUGAUCACCCUCGAGUCAUUCUUUUAAAAGCUUUGAGUGUGAGUAGCCAACCUAACCCAACCUCGCUCAAGUUGAGCCAAGAAGAAAGUGCAUCGUAGAUCAUGAAAGAAACACCUAUAAUGUGGAAAUGACCUAAUGGAAUGUAAACUGCAACCCUUAGAGAGAUCACUUGCUGGUGAAUGCAACCACACGGAAUGUUUUUGGAAUUUGGCUGGCAAUGACCCAUUCAGAUCUAAUACUGCUCUGAAAAUUGAAUGGCAAAUAAUUAUUGUCAUGGUUUUAAGACAAAAAUUUUGAAUGCAACAAAGGAGUUAAAGAAGUCUUGCAUCUGAAUGAUUUCAUCUUCUUUGAGUUUCUUAAUGAUGAUAAAGAAGAUGUUGUUGAUGAUAAGGAUGAUGUUGAUGUUGAUGAUGAAGGCGAAUAUGACAGUGUUGACAGUGAUAACUUUGUUGUAUGUUUUAUAGCCACUCUUUAAAACUAGAGGCAAAGUAGUUGUGACUGUGUGAUCUAUCCGUCGCUUUCUUCUGAACAUCGUUUUUUCUUUUUCCUCAUCCUUCAGCCUGUGUGGACAGAGUGGGGCCAGUACAGUACAGAGCUGUUUACAGAAAAAGCCGUGGAUAUUAUUCAGACGCAUGAUCCUUCUAAGCCGCUGUUUUUGUACCUUCCGUUCCAAGCAGUUCAUAGCGCAAACUAUAUCCAGCCACUUCAAGCACCUCCAGAUGAUAUCAAGAAAUUUUCCGCGAUAGAGGAUGAAAACAGAAGGAUUUUUGCUGCCAUGGUGUCACAACUCGAUCAGGGUGUAGGGAAGGUAGGGGGAAAUGAUGCAGAUUUCUAGUCAGGUUAAGGUACAAGUCAGGGGCACCCAACGAGAAUAUAGUUCAAAACCACUUAAACAUAGCAUUGUUGAAGGUAUUUUAGUAUUUAAACGGUAGAUAUAGGCAUAUUUUUAUCCCCUAAAAAUUUAUCAUCUGUUCGGAUUUUCUAGCUGAAAGUCUAGUAAUCCUAAAAUUAUGGGGAUAAAAACUUACCUUUUCGAAAAUUUCAGGCAGAAAAAAGGCUCCCGCAAAUUCUAGGUGACCUUUUUAGGGUAAAAAUCUGUUAAAAAUGGACAAUUAUACCACUUUUAAGAUGUUCGAAAAUCCUAGGAGAGGCAGGCAAGUAUAAACUUUUACAACAAAUGUUCCGAAAAUCCUAGAUCUUAAAUCGUCUUCUGGACAGAUAUUUUCAUAAAAUUGACGUUGGGUGCCCCUUAACAGUCACUCUUUACUACUGUAUGUAAGCGUGAUUUAAGAGAGAAUAGCUGCAUUCAUAAUUUUUGUCUUUGUCAGCUUGUGUUAACCUUUGGCAUUUGAGGUGGCUGUGUUCUGUUCCGUUUGAAUUUAUAACGCAAACUCUUUUUUUUUUUAAUAGUCAAAUUUUCGUUACCGUCGCCGUCGUCGAUGCUAAGCAGGGGCACCCAACGAGAUUAUAGUCCAAAACCUCUUAAACAUAGCAUUGUUAAACGUAUUUUAGUAUUUAAGAGCGAAUGCACAGAAAAAUCGAGCAAACCGUGGCCACAGCUCAAAACCUAACCAACCCUCAUUUAAGUCUGUAAUAAGGUUUUAAUGAAUUUAUAACACUGCUGAGGUUUAAAUUUCAAAAUGCGACCGAAUCUGGGAAUUAUUUGAGAUUUUCGAUUUCAACGGUCUGCGGGCCUAAAAUUAGCCGCCGAACACGGCAAUAUAGCCUAGCGACAGAAAAGAGCUGACUUUCAUAAACGAGCGAAUAUAUAGACAAUCUUCCCCUUAAAUCUCAAAAAACAGAUAUUAAUAAUUCCGAACAGCACAUUUUUUUAGAUUUAGAGUAUACAAUAUCGACGAACGAGCACAAUUUUGAAACGUAAUUUGCAUAAUGGUUAUAAAUACAACAAUUUACCGCGAAAACCAAAAUCGAAUUUUCUAUAUGGGGGAAUUCUCCAAAUCACCCCAAAUCCCGUCUACUACCUAAUGAGAUAUGGUAAUUCAACAUUAUCUGAAAGUUAGUCUGGUGUUCUCGCGAACGCUUGUAGAAUAGACUGAUUAUUUUGAGGUUAUUUUGCCCCAAACAACCGCUAAUUGACCCCAGGGUCAAUUGACACGUGCACGUCACCUUAGUUUUAUGCGUCGAUUUGAGCUCGUUAAAAGGGAGAAACUAAAAAGAUUCUUUUAAUAUGUACCUGUUUUAAUGAAAUACACGCAAUCUUCAAAAGGAGAGGCCGUUCAUUGGGUAAUUUCUGUUCUUGAGAUCUUGUAGAUUGUACCAUGGCGUCUGCGAGUGGACCUGAGUCUAGGUCUGUUUUCCCCUGACUGCAAAAUCAGAAUAACAUCAUGAAAUAAUUCUCGCUCGAACCUUCGUAAAUGAAUCAGCUUUGCAGUGCCUUACCUGAGAUAAAAAGUGGGCCGAAUAGGAAAGUUUCUAGCACAAUUUGGAUCCUUUGCAGCACGUAGUGUAUUUGCUAAGCGGGGAUGGUAUCAAUGACUUUUUUAAAAUUAGUUACUCACCUCCGAUUGCGUGACCAGGCAAUUAUCGAUUGUCUCCUGCAAAAAAUAAGUGCACGGGAAACCAAAGCUUUCAGGAUACAGUAAAUUCAUUUUCCUGUAAGACCAGGUGUCCUUUUGUCCUAUUUUAAAAGCGGUUAACUAAGAUGAUAAUAAACAUACUGUGCCACUUUUAAAAAUGGUACAGUAACUGAAUGUUCUGUUCUUCUGAUUUUACCCCCAACCCCGGAGUGUUCAGAAUAUAUAUUUGCACUACGCAUGAAAGGCAAAUGGAUUAAAUUUUAAGAUUCAAGGCGGUUUUAAGGCAUGGGUUACCAGUGGAUUAGUCAAACUUGUCAUAAGGUGCAUUGAACAGAAAAUUACAGGCAUGACCUCUCUGCUAUUGUAUGUCCAUUAAGUGAUUUUCCAGCAAACAUUGUUUUUUGACUUUUUUACCCCAAACGUUUUUUCCGUUCAAUUCUUAUCUGUGAGAUCUAAACUUAGUUAAAUUUCUGUAAUUUGUUGUGAAAUGCAAUUCUGCAAACAACUAAGUAUUUAAUUUUGCGUAAAAGCUACAUGAAAUUGAACUGUUUAGCCGUAAACCAUUAAAAAAGAGAAAGCAUCAUGCUUUCUCUUUUCAUCUAAUAGGACUUAAGCAAUGGCAUUGCUUAAGUCCUAGUAGUUGUUCUCCAUGUCUGCUAAGGAGGAAAUAGUAUGCUCUUUUCAAGAAAUUGUUCUUGCCCAUUGCGGUUUCAAACCAAAGAUAGCAGCAAGUCUGUCGUGGUCAUAUACUGCUACUUCUGAGUGCAAACGAAGCAUAGGCGCACAAGUCAGCUAGUCAGGUGCCGAAAAUGAAGUGGAAACUUAACCCCAAGGGCGUCCAUGUUCGCUCCAGCUCGAAAAGGUAGAAUCAGUUGUGCAGUAAAAAAAAGUAAUGCGAAAAACCUGCGGGGGCUGGGGAAAGAAAGGCGUCUUAUUUUUCUUUGGCUUGUUCUAUUUUCGCGACGUGGUACAAGCUACGAAAUACUGACAAGCUCAGUAAAUGUCUUCACCACCGGGAGUCACUUACCCUUAGCCGGACACUCCCCUCACGUAUCAUGUUUCGUUCCUAAAGUUAUUUCAAAGCACAGAACCAAACCUAAUCAGCGGCCGAAGGCAGAAAGGGGGAUGAGCAAACGGAUGUCACAGCAUAUUUUGCAAGAAACUGGUAUCCUUGUGCCUAUCGGCUCAGGAACGAUUGAUUACUACUAGAAUUAAUAUCAGGGUCAGAAUUUGAGUGCUACAAUGGGAGGGAAGGAAGAAAAGGAAACCGCCGCGCAGACCUGUUAAGUCUUUUAUAAACUUUCUCGUCCUGACGGUUUCAAAGAAGGGCGUUGUGGCUGCUAUUUAAUUUACAGUGUCUGUUGCAGGUGUCGAAUUAAUCUUACAGUAACUGGAAAUGUGGCCAAGGAUGAACGACUAUAGUUUGGUAUAUUCACGAGCGCGUUUUGUCCAGUGAACUGAGUGCGUAGUUUUUCUUAACGAAGGGACGGGGUGGGACAAGUGAAUAGUUCGGGGAACGAUUGCUCUCUUUAGCGGGGGGGGUAUAUUUGUUGAUAUCAGGAGUUGUGGCCUGCAUAGAGUCGUUGUAAGGCUAUUUUUGCUUCGGAGUAUCGGUUUACCGGAAGCUGAGCAAGGAAAAGUCAAUGGUGCAUUUAUGGAAUAAUAAUAGAGAUUCUCAUGGUCUAACAGUGCGGAGAUUAGACUUCUGGUAAGGUGGCAACGAUCAAGGCCCGCAUUAUAAUUCAUGAUAAUUGAAGGCCAUGAUGUGGAAAAAGCGACUGAAAUGGUGGAUGCCAUGCAAUCCUCUCAGACGGGGAGGGCGUACCUGGCCUUAACGGUUGCCCCUGCGACAGAAGGUAAGCAUGCCCAGAUUGUCCACGGGUUGCUAAAUGAGACCGUCCCUUUCUUAGUACCCGUUCCCUGUCUUAUAAUUAGACCCGGGCAAAUUGUUCGAGAUUGCACCAUCAUUUUGGGCUUAAAGCUUCCAAAGUCCAAAAAUAAUAGCGCAUGUUCGCGACGGUUUUUUAAGUCAGUCAAGUUCUUAAACCAGGCCUUAAACGGCCAGUUUUAAGUGUCGAUAACAGUUAAAAAGGCAUACAAGCCUCAUGCAAAAGACAGUGGGAAGGAAGUGCACAUCGGUGAUGGGGAAAAAGGAUUAGCCCACAGUUAUUUAGGGGUGGAUCUUUCGAAACAUUCUUAUUCUCUUGGACAGAUAUGCAUUGCUUAAAGUUUUAGUCAAACCAGGUGUAAAUUUAUAGUAACAAACUAUUAAAUAUACAUCAGCAAGAUUUUUGCGAAUCCUAUUUUUCGCUGGAGACUAUCGUUUACUGGCUGGUCACGCAAUCAAAAGGUAACGUACUUUCCCACGUUUGUUUACUCACCCUUCGCUCAUAUCAGCAAUAUACUGCGUUCCACAAAGGAUCCAAAUUGCGCUAGAAAUGUUUUGCUAUUCGGCCCACUUUUUAUCUCAGGUAAGGCACUGCAAAGCUGAUUCACUUACGAAGAUUCGAGGGAGAGUUAUCUCUUGAUAUUAUUCUGAUUUCGCUGUCACGGGAAAACAGACCUAGACUCAGGUCCACUCGCAGACGCCAUGCUGCAAUCUACAAGAUCUCAAGAACAGAAAUUACCCAAUGAACGGCCUCUCCUUUUGAAGAUUGCGUGUAUUUCAUUAAAACAGGUACAUAUUAAAAGAAUCUUUUUAGUUUCUCCCUUUUAACGAGCUCAAAUCGACGCGUAAAACUAAGGUGAUGUGCACGUGUCAAUUGACCCUGGGGUCAAUUAGCGGUUGUUUGGGGCGAAAUAACCUCAAAAUAAUCAGUCUAUUUUACAAGCGUUCGCAAGAACACCAGACUAACUUUCAGAUAAUGUUGAAGUACCAUAUCUCAUUAGGUAGUAGACGGGAUUUGGGGUGAUUUGGAGAAUUCCCCCAUACAGAAAAUUCGAUUUUGGUUUUAGCGGUAAAUUGUUGUAUUUAUAACCAUUAUGCAAAUUACGUUUCAAAAUUCUGCUGGUUCGUCGAUACUUUAUACUCUAAAUCUAAAAAAUGUGCCGUUCAGAAAUUGUUAGAUAUUUGCUUUUUGAGAUUUAAGUGGAAGAUUACCAAUAUAUUCGCUCGUUUAUGAAAGUCAGCUCAAUUCUGUCACUGGGCUAUUUUCCCGAAUUCGGCGGCUAAUUUUAGGCCCGCUGACAGUUGAAAUCGAAAAUCUCAAAUAAUUCCCAAACUCGGGCGCAUUUUGAAAUUUAAACCUCAGCAGUGUUAUAAACUCAUUAAAACUUUAUUACAGACUGAAAAUGAGGGUAAGUUAGUUUUUGAGCUGUGGCCACGAUUUGCCGAUUUUGCUCGAUUUUUCUGAGCAUUCGCUCUUAAACGGUAGAUAAAGGCAUAUUUUUAUCCCUUAAAAAUUUUUCAUCUGUUCGGAUUUCCUAGCUGAAAGUCUAGUGAUCCGAAAAUUAUAGGGAUCAAAACUUACCUUUUCGAAAAUUUCAGCCAGAAAAAAGGCUCCCGAAAAUUAUAGGUGACCUUUUUAGGGUAAAAAUCCGCUAAAAAUAGGCAAUUAUACCAUUUUUUAGAUGUUCGAAAAUCCUAGGAGAGGCAGGCAAGCAAGAAAUUUUACAACAAAUGUUCCGAAAAUUCUAGAUCUCAAAUCGUCUUCCGAACAGAUAUUUCUCCGAAAAUUGUCGUUGGGUGCCCCUGGCUAAGGUUCUCUAUUGACAGUUUCACCACAAAACCCUAGUAGCCACUGACUCCCGGCAACCAUGCUGCCUUCUAUUCACCGCACUCACUUCCUUCAUCUUAGGUUCUUGACGCACUAAAAUCCACUGGUUUGUACAACAACUCGGUGAUUGUUUUCUCAACUGAUAAUGGUGGCCCAGCAGCAGGGUUUGAUAUGAACAGCGCUUGUAACUACCCUCUGAGAGGCGUCAAGGCCACACUCUGGGAAGGUAUGGAAAAACACUGACUAAAGUUGCUGUUUUAGUAACCUCAGGAUUGUUAAACUUGCGAAGUGCAAAGCAAAAAAAACAAUUUCCCUGUACUUUAAAAGUAAGGUACAAUGGGUAAAGGCGCACACGAGCCAAAGGCACACACGGCUGGAGCUUAUUUCCGGUUUCCGUAGCAUGAAGUAUGCAUAGGAGUAUUGCUGCUUCCCCCUGGGCCGGAUUCUAGUCCAUCGCAAGGUUAUCCCCAAACAGUAUGUCGCCGGUACCCAGUUAAACACCUUGAUGAAGUAAAAAAGUGGAGUAAAGUUCCUUGUCUAAAGGCGAGGCUUGAACCCUGGACCUCCAGAUCUAAAGUUCGAGGUGUUAGCCGCCUCCACGUGCCUUAAAAGUAAUGUUCUUUUAUUAGAAAGACCCAACACUGACUGUAUUAUGCUAAGUUCACACUGUACGGAGGAGCUAACCAUACCGGAUAGGGCUUCUGUUCCCACAUAUGAACGGUAAUUGUAACAGAGCUAAAGUGGAGGUUUACCGGUCAUCUCGCCCCAAGUCAUUUCGCCCCGGUUACAUAGCCCCUUAUUCUAGAACGAGGAAUAUUACAUUUGAAGCGUGCUUGCUUCGGUUUAUGGCUUAAAGAACGAGGAAUAUUACAUUUGAAGGGCACUUGUUUUGCUUUCUGGCUUAUAGAACAAGGAAUAUAACAUUUGAAGCGCGCUAAAUGACUCGAAAAUGGGGGUCUAAGUAACCGGGGCGAAAUGACCAGAGUCACAUAUCGGAUAGGUGUUUAUGCUACAUACCAAACAGCUUUUCGUGUCAGAACGAAAACCUAUCCGGUAUAUUGUGAUCACGGCCUAAGAGAAUUAUUCUUGGGUGUUCAUGUUAUCUAUCACUCAUAACCAUUGAGGUAGUCUCCUUUGCAGGUGCUCGUAGUAUUGUGGUCGGAGCCAUGCAAUGCUUCUUCCCCCUCCCCACGCGUGGGAGCGGGGAACAUUGCGUGACUCCCUCCGAGCGGCUGCGAAGUAUACAACCUUUGAGGAGGUUGUUAUAGACUACGAGUAGUCCCCCAUUUUUCCUCAGGGAUAGUAGAGCGAGCGAAACGCGAGCGCGCGUGAAAAUCACCCCACGCGAGAAAUCCCUGAGGAAAAAUGGGGGACUACUCGUAGUCUAAGGUUGUUAGGGAAAAUUCAAUGUGGUAACUUAACUGAGAUUACUCAAAAAGGCAGGAGUACCCAAGGACCCGUUUUUGACAAAAUGUAUGAUGCAAAGUCGCAAACACUAGCAGAGUAUUUCUGCGUCAAGCUAUAUUAACGUUGAACUUUCCUAGGGAAAAAAUAUUCGUUCCUCACUGCCAGUGAGCAAGACUUUUCCCGGCAGAUGAAAUAGACUUCAAAAUAUACAACCGUGUCAGGGAUAACGAAGCAAACAGUUCAAAUUAAACACCACCAGGUUGAGAAGCCCAAUUGGCAGAAGGCAAACUAGCCUGCGACACAAACGAAACUAAACUCUGGUUAAGUCCGUCUGCGAAACAGUGCCGAAAUCCUUGUUCUGGUUCCCCACCUGUGUACCAGGAUUUUUUUACGCGCGAUGAUUGACCUGUUAAAAAAAGCCAUCGUCAAUUUGCCAAUCAGGUUGAAGGAAAAUUGGAAACGUAUUUCGGUAAUUUGUUGAGUCCGUUGGGGACCAGAACAAGGAUAUCUGCGCUGCUUUGCAGACGUUACUAACCGAGGUUAAAUUACGUCUGCGCCGCAGGCUAAAGGCAAACCAGUCUACUGUUUACAAGAAUUGCCGAGAAAAAAUCCAGCUAGCGCUUAGGGCGGAAGUUGAAGUUAGGCCUCCAGAUUGCAAGUCCGGCGAUCAAAAUAAAUGCCGAUGGCGAGUAUCACCAGCCUAGUCACUAGACAUUCUCGGCUCGGUCAAACAUGGACUCUAGUUCAAUUCCUGUCGGGGACUUAGAUUUUUUCUUUUUCCCGUGCUCGUGACAUGUUGAUCACAUCAUUUCUCAUUUCUUCACCUAGCUUUAAAUUUACCAUUAUUCUUUAUUCAUCGCGCACUUGACGAUUUCGACAUUGCUAUUCUUAGCAGUACGCAGGACGCGUGUCGUGGCACGAACCUUGUAUAUGGCCCAGCUGGCCACGAGUCCUUCGCAGCUCAGUGGUUAGAGCAUCUGACCGGUGUACAGAAGGUCAUAUGUUCAACUCCUGUCGGGGACUGAGAUUUUUUCUUUGUCCCCAGCUCGCGCAUGACAUGUUGAUCACGUUAUUUCUCAUGGACUCUACUGUGAUCUGUGAUGUCACCGAGAGAGACCAGCUGUUCUCUCGCCCACACUUUCCCAGACUACACGCGGACAACGGGGCGAGAGAGAACCCCUGGGGACUUGGCUGGAGUAUCACGUGACAAGACGCCACUGAACCUGCAUUUUUUUUCUUUAAUUACAACAGGUGGUGUCCGUGGUGUAGGAUUCAUACACAGUCCCCUGUUUACCUAUGGGCCGCGUACGGCCAUGGAACUAAUGCACGUGACCGACUGGCUCCCUACCCUGUAUUUUGCAGCGGGAGGAAACGUUAGUGACCUGCAAAGUAUUGAUGGGGUCAACAUGUGGGACACACUCACACAAGCCACUGAGUCACCUCGUCAGUAUAUUCUUCACAACAUCGACCCAUUUAGCGGAGCUGCAGCCAUAAGAUACAGGAACUGGAAACUUCUUGUUAACAUAUGUGAGCAAACAGAAAAUUACAUAUACAACAUAUUCUAAAGUGGGGGCAAUAUUUAUUCUUUUGCGUUUAUGGUAACUUGCCCUCGAUGCGUCGGUUCAAAGUAAAAUUUAUUUUGAAUUCUGCAAGAGUAAGCAAGGCAAAGAGGGCUAAUGAACAUUAAAAUUAAAAGGAAAGCAACAUUGCCACCCUUUUGAAAUAAGGUGUAUUUCUUUAACCUCCCAAAUAAAUUUAACCAUAGAAUGCCUAAUCUAUUUAUAUGCAAUUGGUGUGUUAACAGUGAGGUGAUUAAUUUAUUUCCUCUCUUAGUCAAAGACCGCUGGUAAUUCAGCUAUAAGAGGCUUGCGCCUUGGGGAGUUUUCUUGGUGCUCCAAGAGAGCUUGGGCUGGGUUUACCGUAUUCAAUUUUAUGGCCAGUCGGUUUUUAGUGCUGUGACAAACGUACUCUGAAGUGAUUCUAAAAUUUUGUCCUAUUGUCAUCUCACAGCUACAGCUUGGAGUGGAUGGUAUGCUCCUCCAGGACUCGACACCUCAAAUCAAACUUCCAGAGCUGCGGUGUUGAAAAAUGCUGCCGUUAGUUGCGGUAAGCCACCCAGUACCCCAGUCGAAUGCACAAAACAGGCAGGCCCUUGCUUGUUUGAUGUUGAAGACGACCCUUGCGAGUAUGUCAACCGAGCAAACAGCAACCCCGAUUUGGUGAACCAAAUGCUGCAGGAGCUCGAGAAAUUCAAACAAACCAUGGUGCCCCCGAGAAACAAGCCAUUUGACCCAAGAGCUAAUCCUGACAAUUUCGGAGGCGUGUGGAGCCCUUGGAUGGACUAG